GGCGGCGACAGAAUCGGCAGUGUUGUGAUUGAAUGACAGGCUCAACACUGCAAUUUAUGUAAACUUUGACCUGAUAUCCGAUUUUAAAUUAAUUAAAAUGAUUCACGAGCUCUUGUUGGCGUUAAGUGGAUACCCUGGGACUAUAUUCACAUGGAACAAACGGACAGGUUUACAGGUCUCCCAGGACCUGCCCUUUCUCCAUCCCAGUGAGACCAGUGUCCUGAACCGCCUCUGCAAACUGGGAUCCGAUUACAUUCGCUUCACAGAGUUCAUAGAGCAACACACAGGCCAUGUCCACCAGCAGGAGCACCACUCCAUUCAGACACACCAGGCCGGACUCAAUGGGGUUUACCUGCGGGCUUUCUGCACGGGACUGGACUCCAUGCUGCAGCCUUAUAGACAGGCUCUCCUGGACCUCGAACAAGAGUUUCUUGGUGACCCACAUCUCUCCAUAUCUCAUGUGAAUUAUAUGUUGGAUCAG